CGCAACAGUACAUGCAACGUAACAAUGGAUAUGACGUCAUAAUAAGAAUUGCGUUGUCUGACAACAAAAUCAGAGUAAACAAAAUGGGUAGCUUCAAUAGUAAAGUUGCGCCUUUUCCUACAACUUUUCGCACCAAAAAGCAGCAAAAGAGACUGAAAAAGACCCUUAAUAAACAUGGAAUCAAAGCCAAAGUGACCAGAGGUGGCGUUGCGUUUGAUAUUGCAAUAACUGGCGGAGGAGAGCCAACAUGCCGUAUAGCGUUGCCUUUGAACAAAAAGCUUCAGAGAUAUGAGGAUGAAGUUGCUUUAAAAAGUAAAAUGGAACUUGCAAUGAUAGAAAAGCAAGAGAGAGCCAGAGAACGAAGGGAGGAAAUAGAGAGGAGGAGGAAGGAAAAGAUGAGGAGACAAACACUACAUCGCCAGACAAAUUAUAAACUCAGUGUGAUGUUUCAUUUGCUGGACAAUUUACAGUGAUCCGAAUA